AUGGAUCUUUUUAUAGAUAAUAACAAUGCGAUUUAUGUGUCUGAUAACGGAAAUUAUCGAAUUCAAAAAUUCAACGGAAGUAGCCCGAUUGCAACAACAGUAGCUAAGACAUCACCGUUUCGACCAACUGCUAUCUACGUCGAUAGUGUUGGAACAAUCUAUUCUUGUGAAGAAGCGUAUGGUGCCAUGAGUUAUGGACGUUUUCAGAAGUAUACACAAGGAAAUCUAUAUGGUACAACACUUUUGGGAGGAGCAGGGAAGUGUGGAACAGCAUUAAACCAACUUUGUGGAUGCGGUGGGAUAUAUGUUGACCGACAGGGUUUACUUUAUAUUUCGGAUUCCCAGAACCAUCGAGUUUUGCUCUACAAUAUCACAGCAGGUUCAAUUACAUUGCUCGCGGGAACAAACGGUAUCUCCGGGAAUCAAGCAGAUCAGCUAUCUUAUCCUCGAUCAGUUUAUGUCGAUGAAAACCAAACUCUUUUCGUCGUAGAUGCGUCAAACCGGUAA